AUGUUCUCAUCAUCCUCGGACAUACCAUCACCAUCAUCAGGCGCCAACCCAUCGCAAUCAUCAUCCACUCUCUUCGCCUUCUAUGCCAUUACCGCCAUCAUCCUGUUCCAAUCCUCAGCGAGAGCGACAGCGGCCCCGGGCUCGACGCCGGUAGCAAGACGAGGACAGAGAUGGCAGCGGCACAACGUUGAGGAUGACGAAGAGAAAGAGAAAGAAGAGGAACAGAUGGGAGGGGGGGGGAAACGGGAACGAAUGAUGAUGGAAAGAACCACCUAUGUCAGUCAGUUCAAAUAUGUGACCAGUGAUGUCGUUGAUGAAGGAGAGCAACGAGGUGGCACUGAUUUUUACGAUACCCAAGAUGAAGAUGGGGUGGAUGACGUUGAAGAGGAAGGAGAGGAUGCUGACGUUGGUAACACCGAUGACAGUGAUAUUGUCGACUAUGCUGGCAACGAAAGCGAAAUGAAAGAAGAGUUCAGCGACGAAGACUUCAUGGCGAUGUUGAAGACGAUGAGGGGGGGAAGGAGGAUGUGA